AUGGAAGAGGAACGUGGAAAUGUAGAAAUUUCUGCUAUAGUAACAGAACCGUUGAUAAACGUUCCAAAUCCCAGAGCUUUGCAACAAAAUACAGUAGUAUCUAGUACUGCUACUUGCAUUCCUGGUCAAUCCAGAUACAUACAAUUACUUAAGGUCAUAGAAGAACUAGGUCGAGAAAUUAGACCUUGCUAUGCAGGGAGUCGCACUUCAGCGGAAAGAGUCAAACGUGGCUUAAUACAUGCACGCACUCUAGUUAAAGAAUGCUUAGGUGAAACUGAAAAAAGUGCUCGUCAAUAA